UGGUACUCACAUAUCAACCUGCAUUCCAGGCUAAAUAGCGGUCCAAAUUUCAGAAAAGUUAUCACACAUCAAGGCUGUCAAUAAAUAUAAACAAAAUAACCGUGACAUCUACUUUUAAAAGUGCCUGGUCCUUUUGCGAGUUAGCAUGGACCAGCAUGCCAACAGGCUGCGCUUGAAGGCGUUUCUCUACCUCCUGAGCCUCUUCUGCUCUUCCUGCGAGGCUGUAGAGCUCAGUCCCGAUCGAUGCACCGUGUGGGGCUCCGGGCUGGACCCAAACGUUGUGCUUCCCGUCCGGUACUUCUACAUUCAAGCCGCCGACGAGGCUGGCCAAAAUCUGACCUAUUCUCCAGGGAAAGAUUCCUUCCAGGUACGUAUCACCGCACUGGCCCCGGGGAAGCAUAUCCGCAUCCAUGUCCCUCGGCCCCUGGAUCGGGGAGACGGCUCCUUCCUCAUGUUGUACCGGCUGUAUGAGAGCGCCACCUCUGGUUUGAAGGUGGAGGUGCUGCACAGGGAUCGGCCAGUGGGCAGGUCCCCUUACAUCCUUCCAGGACCUGUCUACCAUGAGUACUGCGACUGUCCUAAAGCCAAUGGCGCGGCUUGGGAGGCUGCCAUGACGUGCCCGUCCUACGAGCCCCAAAUCCUGAAAGACUUCAGCUCCUUCCCCUCCAUCGACCUGCAGCGCCUCCUACAGGAGGUCCCUAAGCGCUUCGCCCAGCGAGGGGGGCUCAUCCACUACACUGUGCUCAACAACCAGGUGUAUCGGCGCUCCUUGGGCAGGUACACUGACUUCAAGAUGUUCUCCGAUGAGAUAUUGCUCUCGCUGGCCAGAAAGGUGCAGCUCCCGGACGUUGAGUUCUACAUCAACGUGGGGGACUGGCCUCUGGAGACUCGGAAGGCGGGCGAUCUCCCAGGCCCCGUGCCCAUCCUUUCCUGGUGCGGCUCCACGGACACGCGCGACAUUGUCCUACCCACCUAUGACAUCACGCAUUCCAUGCUGGAGACGCUGAGAGGCGUGUCCAACGACCUUCUGUCUGUGCAGGGGAACACAGGACCAUCCUGGGCCAACAAGACGGAUAAGGCAUUUUUCCGUGGGCGGGACAGUCGUGAGGAGCGCCUCCAGCUGGUGGCGCUGUCCAGGAAGCACCCGGAGCUGCUGGACGCCGGCAUCACCGCCUUUUUCUUUUUCCGCGAGCGGGAGAAGGACAUGGGCAAAGCAUCCCUGGUGGGGUUCUUCCACUUCUUCCAGUUCAAGUACCAGGUGAACGUGGAUGGUACUGUGGCAGCGUACAGGUUCCCCUACCUCAUGCUGGGGGACAGUCUUGUGCUGAAGCAGGACUCGCCAUACUAUGAGCAUUUCUACAGUCACCUGAGGCCAGGAACGCACUACCUGCCUGUGCUGAGAAACCUCUCUGACCUCAUAGAGAAGAUACGCUGGGCCAAGGAGAAUGAUUUUGAAGCACAGGUCAUAGCCAAGAAUGGGCAGAUACUGUCCAGAGAACUGCUGCAACCCAACAGACUGUACUGUUACUACUACAGCGUGUUACAGAUGUACGCCCAAAGGCAGCACGGUCGGCCAACUGUGCACCCCGACAUGGACCCGGUACCCCAGCCCUCAGAUCACGGCGCCCACUGCGAAUGCCAGCAGGAAGCGUCGUCUCAAGAGAAGGACGAGCUCUGAUCCGAGGCAGUGGUGAUCUGGGCAUGUGCGUCGGCAGGCUGGGCCUCCAGCUGCGUGAUGUAGCCGUGCUCUGCCGUGAGCCUUGAAUAAAUCCGACACGUUGAAGACCAAUCAGUGAAUCACCUGCCUCCAGCCCUCAUCCAGGCUAAUUUUCCAUGUUUACAGCUGCCAGCCUUGAUACAGCACUCUGCAGAACAGUUCCAUUGCUUUAUAAAUGUCAUUGUUUACAGUCCUGGAUGCUUGGAGCUUGACUUUGGUACGAAACCUGUUUAUCUUAAUGUAUUUUUAUAAUGCUCAAGAAUUGCCAGUUUUGUAUUUUGUAUAUUUAUUAUAACAUAAGCAUAACAAUAAAGUUUGGAUACUUUGAA